AUGGCCCCGCCCUGGCUGAGCCGCUUCGCACUCAUCUCCAGCGUCGUCGCCGCGUCCGCCAUCGUGCGCCGUAGCGCCGCGCUGCGCUCUCACCUCGCGCGAAUUCUCGGUGUGACGCGGUGGCACGUGCCACGCGUCGAUGGUGUGAUCGAGGCGGACGUGGCAAUCGCCGGCGCAGGCUUGGGCGGGUUGGCGCUGAGCGCUGCGCUCCGCCGGCGAGGGUUUCGGGUCGUCGUUCUGGAGCGCGCUGCCGCGGCGCGCUACACCAGUCAGGGCACGAUUGCGCUCUGGCCCAACGGGCUGGCGGCAUUGGAGGCGGCUGGCGGGGCUCGGCUGCCAGCCGCGGUCUCCAAGCGGGGAGUGGCCGUCGAAGCAACCGAGAUUCUGAACUGCGGCCUCCACGGCAGCGAGAGCACGCGGCGCAUCGAGGUUGGGUCACACGGCGUCAGCGCCUUUUUUAUACCGUGGGCCAAGGUUCAACAGGAGCUGAUGGCUGCGGCGGAGGAGGGCGAGGCUGUGGGCGGAGCCGUGCGAGGGCCGUGGCUUCUGGAGUCGUGGACCUUGGACGGGAGGGGCGUGCUCGGUGCCCUGAGCAGCGCGCUGCGCCGGUGGCGAUCCCCGCCCUGGCUGAUGUGCUCUCACGAGGCGGCUGGCUUUGCGGAGGACGCGGAGGCUGUGGAGGUGCAAGUGGCGGGAGGAGCGCCCGGCGCGGCGCCCCGUGUCGCCGUCCGCGCGUCGUUGCUCGUCGGGGCGGACGGCCUUUUUUCUCGCGUGCGGGCGGCGUUGCAGGGCAGCCCCGGCGGGGGCGUCGACCUCGAGCGGAUCAAGGACUACAGCACGACCAACUGGAACGGGAUCGUGCGCCACGCCGCCAUCCCCGGCCCACGGGUGGUGCCCCGAGGUGAGAUAUAG